AUGUUGCCACCGACUAGGGAGCAGGCAGCGGGAUCUGCCACUUCUUCACCCGGCAGCUCUACGCCGGCGACGGGAGAGAGUCGUCCGGGCGUCGCCGCCGCCGCAGGGGCGACGACCUACAACAAGAGGAGCCGCGUCGACGCCUUCGGCAGCACCGACGACUACGAGGAGAUGUGCUGCCUCGGCAAGGGCGCCUUCGGCGCCGUCGCCAAGGCGCGGCACCGCGUCACCGGCGAGACCGUCGCCAUCAAGCGCAUCACCGAGCCCGACGGCGGCGGUCCCGAGGAGCUGCUGCGGGAGGCGCGCCUCCACGAGGCGUGCGGGGGCCACCCGUUCAUCGUCGACGUCCACGGCCUCGUGCGCGAUCCGGCCACCACGGAGCUCCGCCUCGUCAUGGAGUGCGUCGGUGGGCCAAGCAUCGAGAAGUUCCUCCGUGCUCAGCGGCGCCGCGGCGGCCUGCCGCUCCCGGAGGCCACGGUGCGCACCAUCAUGUGGCAGCUGCUGACGGGCGCCGAGAAGAUGCACGAGGAACGCAUCAUCCACCGCGACAUCAAGCCCAACAACAUCCUCAUCAGCGACGAUGGCAAGGCCGUCAAGAUCUGUGACUUUGGGCUCGCCAUGUCCAUGUCCGAGGCGUCAACGUACGAGCCGGACGGCACGCUGUGGUACAUGGCGCCCGAGGUGCUGCUGGAGAAGCCCGACUGCGACGCGCUCGUCGAUACCUGGUCGCUGGGAUGUGUCAUGGCUGAGCUCAUCAAUGGCCAGGUGCUAUUCGAGGAUGGCCGCGACGAGGAAGGACAGGCCCGCUCGAUCUUCGACGUGCUCGGCUACCCAGACGACAGUACUUGGCCCUGGUUCUCGUCCACGCCGUUCGCCACCGAGCUGCUGCCGAUACUAGACGACGUGCAUCAUGACAACCACUUACGCAAGAUGUUCCCUGAGGCAGUGCUGUCCCAGCAAGGAUUCGAGGUCCUUAAUGGCCUCCUGACGUGCAACCCCGACAAGCGGCUCACGGCGACCGCCGCGCUCAAACACCCAUGGUUUGCCAAGGUCGACGCGAUGGAGCUGCUCAGGAACGAAGAGGUGGAAUCGGCGUUGCCCAAGAAGCAGCUGCUCGUCGCUCCACUGCUCCAGCGGUGUGUGUAA